AUGCUUCCUGAGAAUUUACAAAUAACAGUAUUCCCUACAAAAUCACUAAUCAAAUAUCAAGAAUCCAUUAUUCAUCAAAUAGAGACGAUGGAACGUAAAACGUUUCCUAAAAAUGAGAUUAUGACAAUUAAAGAAGAAAUUGCAAAAAAAACCAAUACAUUGCUAAUUGCAUAUUAUGUAUCUACAGAAAAUGAAAAGCAGAAUUUCGAAAAUAAAUCUAAUAAAGAAAAAAAAAAAGAAAUAUCUGAAGCUAAGAAUGAUCUUUCCAAAAAACAUAAAGUUAUAAAAAUCUUGGGAUAUCUCAUAUAUUCGCAUAUUUCAUUAUCUAUUUCACCGGUAACAAGAAUACUAAAAUUGUGCAUACAUCCAUUAUCGAGAAGGAAUGGGUUGGGAAGAAUGUUGUUGGAAUGCACAAUUAAAAAAACGAGUGUACCUCAAAAAUGUAGAGCAGAAUUAUAUGUAGAUACUGAAAGGUUGAACGCUAUUAAACUAUAUCAAAAGGUAGGGUUUAAAAUCAAAAAUAAAGUAAAAGACUAUUACGAAACCGGAAGAGACGCAUGGCUUAUGGAACUAUCAUAA